AUGGAGCAGUACGGGCAGUACUGUCUCGACUUCUACCACGUUGAUAAACGCAUUCCCGUGAACACCCCCGAUGGCUAUGAGAUCUCGCCCGUUUCCCACCCAGGUGUCUAUACGUUCGGAGGGAAACUCGUCUCCAGGGAGACAGCCAUGCGGGUAGGUCGCCAAAGUCUACGCCCUGGUGCGGAGAAGUACAGUACCCCAGAAGGCUCACGGCUCGUGCUCACGCGUGCUGGCGAAAGCCCUUUCCAGUUCGAGAUUCCAUUUCGACCCGUUCAGCACCAAGUCGAAUUUGCCCAGCCUCUAGCCGUUCUCACCUAG